CACGGUUUUCACGGCUCUUCCCUUGCGCGUGUUUCGGAAAGUUGGCUGUGACAGUUACUGUUGUUUUUGUUGGCGCCUAAAAGUUCAGCUCAUUUCGGGAACGUUUGCAGCUAUCUUACCACAUUCCUUUGGAAUUUCUGGUAAAGCGUAUCAACCCGUGUGAGAACGACGAUUUCGCGUUUUGCACCUCAAUCCCUCGAAAGCAUUUCAUUGCUAGUACCGGCGUGACGGCGUCUGAGAGACUCUUGAUUCACAUCUGUACGACUACUUUUCGGAGUCUUGGUCUUGGGUCUGGACAUUAGUCUUUUUCCAAUUCGUUCCCACAUCCCGGUUUCAUUUGCAGAUUCUACCCUUUGGGAAUAGACUCGGCGUGAAGGUCUUACGAUCCAAAUAUAGCGACUUACUUCGUUGUGCUCGUUUUCAGUACACUCGAUUCCUCAACGCUCUUCUACGACUUGUGUUUACGACGUGUACGAGUUUUAUCACGCACGCCUCCUUUCUUUGUUGCCUUGCUCAUCUCAGCUUCGCGACGUCUUCUGAAUUGCACCUUUCGCUCUCGCAUCUUUGAUCAUCUGAGCUAUUCUUGACACCACUCGAAAUGGACCCUCUCAACGCUCCUUUCUCUGGCGUCCCGGCCAAUGGUGGCGCUCCUGCCAACCAAAUGUCGUUCCCCAACGGCACCCCUCCCAACCCCGACAUGGGAGCCGUUGCCCCUCCACCGGGCGCUGGCCAGGAGCCUCCUAAGACGACUCUCUGGAUGGGAGAGCUCGAGCCCUGGAUGGAUGAGAACUUCAUCAAGGGUGUCUUCCUUUCGGCCGCCGGAGAAACCGUCAAUGUUAAGGUUAUCCGUGACAAGAACUCCGGCAACGCUGGCUACUGCUUCGUCGAGUUCCAGUCCCCCGACGCUGCUACCAAGGCCCUUGGCCUUAACGGCACCCCUGUCCCCAACAGCUCUCGUCAAUUUAAGCUGAACUGGGCCUCUGGUGGUGGACUCGUUGACCGUCGGGACGACCGUGGCCCCGAGUACAGCAUUUUCGUUGGCGACCUCGGCCCUGAAGUCAACGAAUACGUUUUGGUGUCCCUUUUCCAGGCCCGUUUCCCCUCGUGCAAGUCCGCCAAGAUCAUGACGGAUGCCAUGUCCGGUCAGAGCCGUGGCUACGGUUUCGUCCGCUUCUCCGACGAGAACGAUCAGCAGCGGGCUCUUGUCGAGAUGCAGGGUGUCUACUGUGGCAACCGACCCAUGCGCAUCUCUACUGCCACCCCCAAGAACCGUGGCAACCACGGCUUCGGCCACGGCCAGCACAACGGCGGCCCCAUGAUGGGCGGCGGUGUUAUGCCCCAGCAGCAGAUGUGGAACGGAGCCCAGGGCUUCUACGGUGGCUUCAACCCCGCUACCCAGAUGAACCAGUUCACCGACCCCAACAACACCACCGUCUUCGUCGGUGGCCUCUCCGGCUACGUCACCGAGGACGAGCUGCGGUCCUUCUUCCAGGGUUUCGGCGAGAUCACGUAUGUCAAGAUCCCUCCUGGCAAGGGUUGCGGUUUCGUCCAGUUCGUCCACCGUCACGCCGCCGAGAUGGCCAUCAACCAGAUGCAGGGUUACCCCAUUGGCAACUCCCGUGUCCGCCUGAGCUGGGGCCGAUCGCAGAACAACUCUGGUGUAGGUACUCCCUACCGUCCUGCCCCUCCCCCUCCCCACUACAUGGGCAUGCCCAGCCACGGUCCCGGUAACUACGGCCCCCAGCACUUUGGCGGCCCUGCUCCUGGUCCCCAGGGACCUCCCGGACCUCCCGGCCCCCCCGGACCCGCCGGUCCUCCCCAGUAAUUUGAUCACGACCAACUCGUUGACGAAGGGGCUUUUAUACGACCAACGCCCCACGCUAUUUUUUCCUUGGACUCAAUUAUCUUGCCUUGUCAUUAGCCAUCGUGUCUCGCAGAUUUAGACUGCCUGCCGUGGCUAGUGAAUGCGAUGAUACCCAUGUUGCCUUUGACUUGGGAUCAUGGCUCUUUAAGUUUUAUGGCAGCUCUGGAUUUCCGAUACGACACCACGCACCCCAUUCCCUUGGUCUGAAUCAUGAUUGGCGUUGGAGAUUUUCGGUCCCCCUCCCGGUGGAUUGUCAUCAGUUCAAAUUCAUUUAAGCUAAUUGCUGCUAUGCUUUCUUUCCGUUUGCUUUGGUCACUCGCUGCUUUUCCUUGCUGCUUCUGACUGUUUUCAACUCUGGCGAACAUGGUACUGCGUGAUGUUGUCAUGGCGUCGUUGCAAGUCUUUACCGCUCUCUGUCUGGUUAUAAAUGAUUCUUCGUAGUUGGUCCAAUCAUGAGGGCUUAGCGAACUAGUCAUUGGCUGAACGUCUUGCGUGACGGGAGAUGUGGUCACGAAGGAGGAGGAUACUCUUGGGCAUGUUUACGAAUUCCUGUUCAAAGCUUGUAUGGCGCGUUGAGGACGGUUUGUAUGGGGCUAUACCAUUGUACCUGGAGUGUUUGGGGAUAUUGGAAGCCAAAAAGUCAGGGGGUUCAAGAAUGGUCUGGUCUGGUAUGGUUGGUCUUUGGUGUGUGAGGUUUGUUUCUUGACGAGUGGCGAUGAGGAGUUUGGCUUGUGGAUUAGGGAGGAGUUUUGCAGCAACAACUGAAUCAAGCCCUUCGUUAGCAGUGAAG